AGUGUUUGUCACAAUGAUGAAAGGAGCGUUGCUGCUGCCCCACCUAUAACUGCAACAGACAACGUAAAGAGGCUGCGUUAGAAAACGCCUUUACGCUGUUAAACUUUAUUAUUUAGGACCGUGUCGCUCAGCGUACCAGCAGUUAGCUCAGCUAGCAGGAGCUCGGCGCAUAGCAAGCCGCUUUGUUCUCACAUAACCUAUCACCGAGUUUCACCAGAGGGACAGAAAAGCACAUUUUUCUCUCCCCAGACAGUCAUGGCGUCUUCCCCUCCACACAACUUCUCCUGGGUUGAACCCAAGAAGCUGGCCGGGUUGGCCAUGCCCAGGAUGCCGAGUGAAUACCGCUACCUGCUGGACAACGGAGUCAGACACCUCGUUUGUCUGUGCGAGAGGAAACCACCGAACCACGACACCUGCCCAGAGCUGCAGCUUCACCACAUCAAGAUAGCGGACUUCACUCCUCCUUCUCCCGGUCAGAUUGAUCAAUUUCUCUCCAUCGUGGAAGGAGCCAACUCCAAAGGAGAGGGCGUGGCCGUCCACUGCAUGCACGGCCACGGCAGGACGGGCACCAUGCUGGCCUGCUACCUGGUCAAGAACAGGAAGAUGUCCGGGGCCGACGCCAUCGCAGAGAUCCGCAGGAUGCGGCCCGGCUCCAUCGAAACCCACGAACAGGAGAAGGCCGUGGUGCAGUUCUCCCAGCGCACAAAGUAGCUUUCCUAUGACGGCGAACAUGAAAUUAUGUCUGCACUGGAACUGGAUGCACUCAGCGAUGUGGAAAUGAGAUGUGGAAUUAGGGAG